AUGUCUAUCCGCCGCGCUGGAACGAAAAAGGUGCCUCACGGCGCCGCCGGGUUGCCGAAGCCCAAGACGACGUAUCAGACGGUUCAGCAGGGCUUCAAGGAGUUGUACAAUCCCCAGAAAGAGACUGGUUCUGCCAUUGAUGUUGACAUUGUUUUUGUGCCUGGACUAGGUGCAUCCCCGGAGGACAGUUGGAAGUCGGAGACCGGGUUCAACUGGGCAACCGGGGAUGGCGUCUCGAAGCCCUCGUCUGAAUCUACGAGCAAAAAGGAGGGCUUGGCGAGGGAUUUCCCCAAAGCUCGCAUACUGCUGUAUCAGUAUGAAUCAGCGUGGGUUGGAGACCUCAAAGUAAAGACUUUUAUGAGGGACAUUGCCAAAUCAAUGUUGGAGGGGUUGCAAGCAAAUCGGGAGAACAUCAGAGAUCGUCCUAUCGUAUUCAUCGGCCAUAGUAUGGGAGGCUUGGUUAUCGCAAAGGCUGUCAUACUUGCCGCAGAGACGUAUCGGGACAUCUUCCCUAGGCUGUUUGAGUGCAUUGCCGGUUGCGCCUUUUUUGGAACGCCCUUCGGCGGUGCUCAAGUUGCCGCCGUCGCCUCCAUGCUCGGUUAUGUCGGCGAGCAACUUGGGUAUACCAAGUCGUCGGCGUUAGUGAAGAUGAUGACGCCUGGAGAUGAGAGCUUGAACGAACUGCGAGGCGACUUUCUACGAUUGGCUCUCAAACUGAGCCCUGCCGUCCAGCUCUUCUGCUUUUACGAGAUUCACCAAACCGACUUUACCCAAGAAAAGUACGGAGCAGCCAUGUCGAAAAUCACCAAGGCAGUUAUUCCCAAGAAUCUGCAAGAUUUCGUCCCGAGAGCGUCGGCGACCUUGCCUGGAAUCGAGGAGAUGGCCCUUACUGCCAAUCAUCGAGAUCUUGUAAAGUUCAGCGACUUCAAGGACUCCCGGUAUCAGCUCGUCAGAGAGCCCCUCAAGAGACUUAUUCAUGGCGCCAAUCUCGUGGCCAAGAACCGACUGAACUCGACCCGUGGAAUCGAGCCAGAAGUCGUCAACAAUGUCAUGGAGUUGCUGAACGGCGGCCAAGUUUCGAGGAAGCGGAAAAUGCUGGAGCCCCAGUUCCCGCCAUCGAUAUGGAUUCCCAAAGCGGAGGCAUACUUGGAAUGGUUGAAAGACGACCGUGAUACGGGGAGUGCGACACGGAAAAACAGAGGACAGGCUGUGUAUAUCCGUGGUCCUGAGGGUAGAGGAAAGACGCGAGCAACUAUGGCGGCCCUCCAGGACAUUGACAAAAUCAUACAAGCCGACGAAAAGGGGAAUGAUGGUCGAGGACGCGCCCUCGUUGCCUACUUCUUCUGCGACCCUUCUUCAGACUUCCUGACUGCUGAAGACUUACUCAAGUCCCUGGUGCGGCAGCUCAUUGGCCAGCAAGCCACCUUGUCUGUUUACGCGAAGCACUUUGUGAAAAAGAAGGGCGAGAAUUCGGCGAUCCUCACAGUGGAAAAUCUUUGGCAGACUCUUCGGGAUAUUCUCACGGACGAAUUCAUCGGCCGCAGGGUCUACUUCAUCAUCAACAAUUUGCAUGUUCUGCCAGAAGAUGCCGAGUCAACUGUCAAACUCAUGCGUUUCCUCAACGCCGAGCUACAAGGACUGAAGAGUGAGGAUGACAAACGAGUCCCUACCAGGUGGUUUCUCACAAGCAGAGAAGUCCAUCACGUUGAAGACUACCUAAAGGUAGAAGGAAUUCAGCUUAUCGAUCUCGAGGAUGACAAGUACUGCGACCAGGUUCAGCGGGAGCUGCGCAAGGCGGCGCAAGAGAAGGUACAAGAACUGGGCAGCUCGAAGAAGUACAACAAGGCGCUCACCUACUAUGCGAGCAGUCUGAUUGGGAAGAGAGCAUCCAACAGUCAGUGGAUCAAGCUUUCCUGCAUGCAGCUCGCAGAGCUCCCCGACGCAGAAAGCGAUCUCAAGAUCAGGCAUAUGCUUGAGGGGAUGCCCCAGGAACUUAAGGCUCUUUUGGACGCUGCGUGGGCAAAGAUUUUCCACUCAAACCAAAAGGAGACCGACAAGAUCAAGGAGCUGUUGCGGACACUCGUUCUGACGUUUGAAGAGCCCACCGAGGACGAGCUCGUUGUUUUGGCAGGAUUUCCUGCCACGGACUCGGGAAAAGCUGAGCUCCAAGACUUGGUAAAAAAAUGCAGGCCGUUGUUGACGGUGAAGAGAAGCGGCAAGUCAGAGAACACAAUCGGCUUCAUGGACAGGGUCGUCAAAGAACAUCUUUUGGAAAAGGAGACGUCCAGGAAGACUCUCGGCAUGUCGAACGACGAAAGCAAAUGGCAACAGGGCAUCAUUGCACUGCGGUGCUUGGCACACAUCAAGGAUGCGUUUGACUUCCCUGCGGAGGAGAAGCCUGUUGAGGAGGCCCACGAGGAAAGCGAGGAAACAGAGACGCAGUCUGUAGAGGACGGGGAUGAGGACAGGGAAGAAUCUGAAGUAGAUGGCCAGGAAAGUGCUGCCACUGAUUCUGAUCAAGACGAUUCGGACAGCGACACGGACUGGGACGACGACGACGAGUCCACAUACGGCUACCAACAAGACGACGAGGAUGAAGAGGCAAGAAUACUGGCUGAAAAGGUGCUACCAUAUCCUGUCAAGCACUGGCUUCACCACGCCAGUAAGGCCACGUUGGAGAUUGCGGAGGAUCUCAGCGAAGAUGACUUCUGGCGGACCGAGUCUUUGAUCCGGUACCGGUGGCUCGUCGUAUACAUGUCCAUGACAAAGGUGCUCGACGGUUUCUUGCCCAAGGAGCUGACUGCUUUGCACAUUGCGGCUGCGAUCGGAUUCAAGCAACUCGUUUCUGCGCUCAUUCAGAACGGCCAUGAGGACGAGAUCAAUAAGAGAGAUAGUCUUGAGAACACCCCUCUUCAUUUCGCCGCAUACAUCGGCAGACCAAACAUCGUGGAUGAGCUUCUCAAGAGAGGUGCCAGCAUCGACGAUGGCAUCGAGAUUGGUAAAGAGACACCGUUACACAAGGCCGCAUUCGCUGGCCACGUCAAAGUCAUGGACAAGCUUAUUAAGAGGGGUGCGAAUGCCAAUGCUAUCGCGAAUAGAGUCGGCCCAGUAAUGAAUGCCGCCAUCACUUCCGGUAGUCCAGACGCCGUCAAGCUACUCGUCGAGAAGCAGGUCUCGUUGGCCGUCGAGGACGAUAACAUCGACUCGCCUCUGGCACUGGCUGGUCUCCAUGCAGACCUCUCCAUGUUUGAGUAUCUCACGCAUACAUACGCUGACAAGCUCCCGGCCAAGGAAUUUGACAAGGCGCUCAUCAAGGCUGCCGUCUCUGGCAGAGUGGACGUGUUCUACAAGUUGCUAACUUACUCCCACCCUCAAAAUUGCUUCCAGACUGCGCUAGAGGUGGCGGCAAAGGAAGAGAAUUGGGACAUUGUCGUGAUACUCCUGGAGCAGCGCAGGGGCCUCGACUGCAACGACCUUUUCCUCAGUGCGGCGAGAACGGCGGAGCAUCAAGACAAGGUUUUGGAGGCCGUCUGGAAAUACACAAACGGCAAUAUCAGACAGGAGACACUCAACGAGAGUCUGUACGAGGCCACUGAUCUCGAGAAAGAAUCGACUGUCAGGUUGUUAAUUGAUGAUUUCAAAGUCAACCCCAAUGCCACUGGAGACUAUUACGGGACCGCCUUGACUGCCGCAGCAUACGAUGGGACCCUUGACAUUAUCAGAUUACUCUUGGACAGAGGCGCCGAUAUCGACGCGCCCAACGGAUGGGCUAUCCAGGCUGCCGCUGCCGAAGGUCAUUACGAUGUAGUCAAGGAGCUUCUCGACCGAGGGGCUGACGUCAAUGAUCUCACCACGAAUGAGAAUUUCCCGCAGGGAACUGCUCUCCAGGUAGCGUGCGAAUCAGGCAAGGUAGAAAUCGUCACCCUCCUGCUUGAGCGCGGCGCCAACCCUGACCUCGGCACUGGGGAGGAAACAUGCCCUCUUAUCGCAGCUGCCUUGAAAGGAGAACAGGCGAUCCUCGAGCUCCUUGUAAAAGCCAAAGCCGAAGUCAACGUCUUUGGAGGCUUUGACAACUCGACAGUCUUGAUCAACGCCGCCGCCACCCUCCCGGUCGAGUCGCUACGCGUUCUGGUGGAUGCGGGCGCCGAUAUCAACCUGGCCGAUCAGGAGGCCGAUACAGCCUUAAUCGUUGCUGCACGAGCGGGAGAUGCGGAUAGCGUCAAGUUCCUCUUGGACAAUGGCGCCGACAUCUUCCACGUCAACAAUGACAACGAAAACGCGCUUCAGUCAGCCAUACAGUACGGAGACGAUGAGGACUGUACAGCUGUGCUCGUAGAGCGCGUUUCGGAAUUGAUGGCGGCUAUUAGCAAGGCCAUGAAGGACGGUAAUACGGCCGUUUCGGAGGUGGUCCGUAGCACUGGGUUUGGAAACCGGGGUCUCGACUAUGACGAUGAGGAUGUACAACCAUCACAGGGCCAAGAUAACAAGCAGCUAACGAGCUCUGAGGAGAGAGGCGACGUCUUUGAUGGAGAUAAUGACAAGGGCAGCGACGAAGACACCCCGAGAACGGAGUCGUUCCCAAACAGCGCCAAAAAGGUCGACGAUGCAGCAUCUGAAGAGAGCGCUUUCCGGCCCGUCAGAGAGUUGUCCGAAGAGCUCGAGGCCGCCCUCGUCACCCAAGUCUCGCUGCUCCAAAACUUCACAUCCCUGCCGCACCGACCGCAGAAGGUGCCGGAGCGGGAGCCUGUGGAAAUGCCACCGACAACGAUCGCGGAAUUGCCCUCCCAGCGCAGAUAUUCCCAGCAAGUCCAGCUGGAGGAGCAGCUCGCGCACUACGAGUUCGACCAGCUGACCCGCAUGGACUCCUACGCCUCGAAGCCUGCCUUUGUCAAGCAGCCGACGCUACAGUGGGCCGCGCAGGCCGAGAGCCUCCCUGCCGGCGAACCGCUCAUCUCACCCGGCCAGGCCCCGAUCCGACGGAAGCCUGCGCCGAGCACGCCUGCGCCGUCAAACGUGUCGGGCAGCCAGUUCCAACCGCCAGCGCCGCCAGCCGCGCUUCGCAGGGCGAGCAUGGACCAGCGCUCUUCCUAUCAGAAUUCGACGUCGUAUCCCGGGGCGCCCGCGUACCAAGCAGCGGGAUACGCGAGCCAGACACAACUCGCUUCGCAGCCUGCGGCCAACAGCCAGAUGUCGGUGGACUACCAUGCUCCGUAUGACCCAUCAUCAUUCGACAGGCCGAGCCACAGUCCGGGGACGACGCCGCCGCAGAAGAUGCAGCCGUUCCCUGAUUUGCCGUACCAGCUGCCGGGUGCGUGGCAGAUUAGCCCGCCUCUCUCCGGUGGUCAGCAGCAGCAGCAGCAGCAGUCGUACUUUGGUCCAGGCAACGGGUCGCCGCCUCAGCAGCAGCAGCAACAACAGGAAUGGGUCGGUCAGGAUGGAAGGCCUGACAUGAAAUCCCAUCGUUCUUCUUUCUUGGGAAUGAAGAACACGCUGGAUAAGGCAAAGCAGUUUAGUAAUGGGAUCAUGAAUCGGAGACCAUCUGGGUUUUGA